AUGUAUGAGUUGAGAGCUCAAGCUAAUGGUGAUGAUGUCAUUUUAGAUGCCCCUCCGGGACGCUCCUGUCAGUUUUCAUGUCAAGGAAACCCCGACUCAAUUUGUCUUGAACCGAAAUCAGUUCCACGAUUGUUUGAAGCUUUUGGAGAAAUCUCACCGAUAAACUCUCACAAGGACCGCAGCUUCGUGUCUCUAGUAUGUAAAGAUUGGUACAACAUUAAGCAGUGGAGCAGACGUCAUGUGUUUAUCGGAAAUUACUACUCGGCGCCGCCAAAGAUUGUAGCCAGGAGGAUUCCUCAGAUUCGGAGCGUAACCUUGAUAGGGAAACCGAGGUUUUCAGAUUUCAAUUUAGUACCGGAGGAUUGGGGAGCUGAUGUUCAUCCAUGGUUGAGUGUUCUCGCCAAAGCGUAUCCAUUCCUAGUGGAGCUGAGACUGAAGAGAAUGGCAAUUUGCUAUUCAUUGCAGAUAUCAGAAAGCUAUUUUUCUAGUAGUGUCUUUCAGUAUCCUUUAAACCAAUUGCAGCUAUUUGGAAAUGUUCCAGCCAUACAUCAUGUUGAUCCAGUAAAUUAUCCUGGUAGAGAGCAUAAUAGCCCUGCCUUUCGGCCCAAUAAACGAUCAAGGGAAGUUGAGACUAAUUUAAUGCAGAAAAAGCUUCCGAUAUCAUUGAACCAAAAAUUUUAUAAUGAAGAAUCUGAUCACCCGUCAAGCAUUCCAAACCCACAUACUGUAUCCAAUGGUUUGAAAUUAUCAUAUGAUGAUGAGGAAAGAAACUCCUUAAUCAUUUCAGCAAGUGGAAGCAUGACUGGAGUAGCACCACUUAUGUCUUCUGAUGGUGAUAGUUUCACAACUGAACUUGAUCGACAGAAUGAAGAACUUGAAAGAUACAUUAUGCUUCAUAAGAAAGAAUAUGAAGUAACCCUUGUUGGUGCUUUUAGGAGGGAAAAAGAUAAAGACCUGACAUUACAGGCAGUAACCGCUGAAAGCCAGGCUGCCAUGAAAUUGGCAAAACAAAGGGAAGAUGAGAUACAUGGAUUGAAAUUGAGAUUAAGGUUUCGUAAGGCUGCAGUAAAGAAGCUUGAGGGUGUGGACAAAGUAAGAGAAGUUGAAGGAAACCCUAAUUUUUCCAACAAGGAUGUCAGGUGA